GUGCGGCAGGCGGAACAUUUUGGCUUGAAUUUUCCCCUUGCACAUUGAGGAUCCCAAACCGGAAAGGACCCCAGGAACAGGUCAGAAGACGACUGCUACGAUGGCGCCCACAAACACCCUCCCCGCCUGGGCCGAGCUGGAGGCCCACCACAACAAGGUCGGCAAGUCCUUUGUGCUCAAAGACGCCUUCAAGGCCGACCCGAGCCGCUUCAAGAACUUCUCGACCAAGCUCACCCUCCCCGCCGACAUCUCGAGCGAGCCCAAUGGCACCGAGAUCUUGUUCGACUUUAGCAAGAACCUCAUCACCGAGGAGACCCUGAGCUUGCUCGUCAAGCUCGCCGAGCAGGCCGGCCUCGAGAAGAAGCGCGAUGCCAUGUUUGCCGGUGAGAAGAUCAACUUCACCGAGAACCGCGCCGUCUACCACACCGCCCUGCGCAACGUCAGCAACCUCGAGAUGAAGGUCGACGGCGUAGACGUCAUGAACACCAAGGGCGGCGUCAACGAGGUGCUCGAGCACAUGCGCGUCUUCUCGGAGCAAGUCCGCAGCGGCGAAUGGAAGGGAUACACGGGCAAGAAGCUCACCACCAUUAUCAACGUCGGUAUUGGAGGAUCCGAUCUUGGUCCCGUUAUGGUCACCGAGGCCCUCAGGCACUACGGCGCGAAGGACAUGACCCUGCAUUUCGUGUCCAACAUCGAUGGUACGCACAUCGCCGAGGCACUUGCCGACGCGGACCCCGAGACGACUCUCUUCCUGAUCGCCUCCAAGACCUUCACCACCGCCGAGACCACCACCAAUGCCAACACGGCUAAGAAGUGGUUCCUCGAGAAGACGGGCGGCAAGGGCGACAUUGCCAAGCACUUCGUGGCCCUCUCCACCAACGAGGCCGAGGUGACCAAGUUCGGCAUUGACUCCAAGAACAUGUUUGGGUUCGAGAGCUGGGUGGGCGGCCGCUACUCGGUCUGGAGCGCUAUCGGCCUGAGCGUGGCCUUGUACAUCGGCUACGAUAACUUCCACAAGUUCCUGGCCGGCGCCCAUGCCAUGGAUAACCACUUCCGCAGCGCCCCGCUUCGCCAGAACAUCCCCGUCCUUGGUGGCCUCCUCUCAGUUUGGUACUCCAACUUCUUCAAUGCCCAGACCCACCUCGUGGCGCCCUUCGACCAGUACCUGCACCGCUUCCCCGCAUACCUCCAGCAGCUGUCCAUGGAGUCCAACGGCAAGACGAUAACCUCAGACGGCUCGCCCGCGAAAUACACUACCGGUCCCAUCCUCUUCGGCGAGCCGUGCACCAACGCGCAGCACUCCUUCUUCCAGCUGGUGCACCAGGGCACCAAGCUGAUCCCCAGCGAUUUCAUCCUUGCCUCCAAGUCGCACAACCCCGUCUCGGACAACCUCCACCAGAAGAUGCUCGCCUCCAACUACCUCGCCCAGGCCGAGGCCCUCAUGGUUGGCAAGACUGCCGACGAGGUGCGCGCCGAGGGCGGCGUGCCCGACAGCCUGGUGCCGCACAAGGUGUUCCUGGGCAACAGGCCUACCACCAGCAUCCUCGUGGGAGGUGCCAUCGGCCCCGCUGAGCUGGGCGCCCUGAUCGUCUACUACGAGCACCUAACCUUCACCGAGGGCGCCGUGUGGGACAUCAACUCCUUUGACCAGUGGGGCGUCGAGCUCGGCAAGGUCCUGGCCAAGAAGAUCCUCAAGGAGAUUGACGAGCCCGGUGCGGGCAAGGGCCACGACGCCUCGACCGAAGGCUUGUUGGCAGCGUUCAAGGCUUAUGCCAACCUGUGAGAGAUGAUGUUUCGCUAGAGUACGCAGUAUGUCGGAACGCAGUGCUGCACGGGAAAACCUACAUGAUUAAAUGGUUUGAUGCUCCUGCUUCUGUUUUACCAAAUUGGACUAUGGAGGCACAAUCGUGAGUGAUAUUGCAAUGCAGA